AUGAAAUUAGUCACCUACAAUGUAAAAGGGCUAAACACCCCGGGUAAAAGGAGGCUACUACUGAAUGACCUCAAGAAAAACCAGAUCGACAUAGCAUGUAUCCAGGAGACACACUUUAGGGACGACCACACCCCGGCAAUAUACACAAAGGUGUACCCCACCCAGUUCCACUCCCAGGCCGCCACUAAAUCAAAGGGAGUAACAGUCCUUAUUCACAAAGACGUAGCAAUUACCAUACACCAAAAGAGUAUAGAUCCGAAGGGUAGAUAUAUUAUAUUAGUGGGCCAGUUCAACAGCAUCCAACUUACGCUGAUAGCCACAUACUUCCCCAACGAGCGACAGGGACAAUACCUGCGAAUGCUGCUUAACAAAAUUGACGGGAUUAAACAAGGCAAUAUAAUCCUAUGCGGGGAUUUUAAUAGUAUCCAAUCGCCCACACUAGAUACGACAGCCACUCUCACAGGUAACAGUAAAAAGAGAAUAGCCGCUACAAGCAAACUAACCACUAAGUUGAUAGAAGAUUAUGACUUAUACGAUGCAUGGAGGGCACUAAACCCAGAGGAGAGGGACUACACCUUCCACUCAAGAGCUCAUAACACAUACACACGCAUAGAUGCAAUCUUCCUAGAUAGGACACUCCUGGCACAACUGAAGAAAUGUACAAUAGGGGAAAUAACAUGGUCAGACCAUGGACCGGUGUACCUAGAGCUCCUAGACGCCUACCAAUUCAAGGGGAGGGGGACGUGGCAACUGAACGACUCACUUUUACUGAACCCAACCUUUGUGCGGGAGAGUAGGGAAGCACUCCAAAACUAUUUUACAACAAAUGCAGGACAGGGGGUCUCAGAUACUACGGUAUGGUCAGCACAUAAGGCGGUUAUGAGAGGGGUAUUUAUCAGAAGGGCAUCCUUCCUGAAACGGCACCACCAAACCACACUCCUAGACUGCCACAAACGAAUAGCACUAGUAACCAAACAAAACAAACAACAACCCUCCCCUGCACUGGCAGCACAACUAAAAAAGCUGCACUCGAGACUAAACGAAUUAAACGCAGAAAAAACUAAAACCUUACUCUAUAGAUUAAAAGCCAAUGUCUACCACAACGGAGGCAAAGCCAGUAAAUACAGCCAGUAAAUACUUAGCCAAUAGACUGAGAGCCAGAUAUGCCAACACAAAGAUUACUAGAAUCACGGGAGCAGACGGCAAAAUUCACCGCACGCCAGCGGACAUCAGCAAAGAAUUUGCUGAAUUCUACUCCAAACUAUAUAAUCUACGAACACUAGACACCACACACAGGGCAAGCCCCGAGGACAUAGACGAAUACUUGAGACAAACCAAUCUCCCCCAAAUAUCUCAAACACAAAAAACAAAUCUGACAAAACCCAUAGAAAUUCAGGAAAUCCUGAAGGUAAUAGCAGGCCUCCCCAAUGGAAAAUCCCCAGGGGCAGAUGGCCUCACCAAUGCCUACUAUAAACUCUUUGCCAAGGAACUCGCCCCACACCUACUACGAGUGUAUCAUGCAGCAUCGAACUCAGGAACAUUACCACCGGAGAUGCUACUGGCCACAAUUGUCACACUCCCCAAACCAGGAAAGACACCAGAUAAAUGCCAAAACUAUCGCCCGAUCUCACUGCUUAAUACGGAUGCCAAAAUAUACGCUAAAAUACUAGCCAACAGACUCAAAGACAUACUACCCGACCUCAUAGGGGAUGACCAGACCGGGUUCGUGACUGGUAGACAGGGACUAGAUAACACUAGAAAACUGACUUUACUACUAGAGGGCCUACGGAAACAUAGGAAAGAAGGACUGUUACUAGCCCUGGACGCGGAAAAAGCGUUUGAUCGCCUUAACUGGACCUUCCUAGACAGAACCCUAAGAGCGUACGGACUCCCCCAAACAACGAUAAAUCAAAUAUUCGCCCUAUACUCCACCCCGGCAGCACAAGUCCUCCAAUCAGGAUUCAAAUCCAACCCCUUUGCCGUCUCUAAUGGGACGAGACAAGGUUGCCCACUCUCCCCUCUCCUAUAUGUGUUGGCACUGGAACCCCUCCUUCGCACCAUCAGGGCCCACCCAGAGAUUAAGGGUAUUACAGUAAAGAAUAUCGAAUACAAACUCAGUGCCUUUGCAGAUGACGUCUUACUCUAUGUAACACAACCCCAGGAUUCAUUACCUCACAUAAUGCAGGCAAUAAGAACAUAUGGUCACCUAUCGUACUACUCCCUAAACUCUUCGAAAACACAAGCCAUGGGGAUUAACCUUCCCUCAACUUUAAUUGAAUCGCUACGCAUUAAAUACGAUUUUGAAUGGAGGAAAGACUAUAUAACAUACCUAGGGCUCCACAUCACCAGACAGCACAAAGAUUUGAUAACGGGGAAUUAUAUUAGAGUCUGGAAGGAGUACAAGUCAACCCUCAAAAAAUGGGAGCAUCUGUUCCUUACGUGGACAGAAAGAGUGACAGCAUUGAAAAUGUCCAUACUCCCCAGGCUCCAAUAUAUCUUCAGAACGUUGCCCAUAAAAAUCCCCCAAACAUACUUUAAAACAGUCCAAAGAGAUGCCAACGCAUUCAUAUGGGAAGGCAAGAAACCACGAGUAGCGAGGAAACUGCUAGCAGCUCCGCAGAGGGCGGGCGGCCUGGCAGUCCCAGACAUACGAGCCUAUUAUCAUGCUUCCAUAUUAGCAGCGGCAUUACCACACCUGAUAGAUCAACCACCCCCACAGUGGGUGACAUUGGAAAGACACCUGACGGAACCAUACGAACUAUCACAUGUAAUAUGGCUCCCCAAACCACUUAGACCACCAAUGGUAGACCCCCCUGAGCAGAUCAACUUACUCCUACAGGUUUGGGACACACACAGGAACAAACUUAGCUCAAACUCCCAAGUCUCACAAGCCACACCAAUACAGGCACUAACAUACUGCAUACCUACAUUCCAUGCAACACCAUGGCACGAUAGAGGCGUCACGACCUUAGCAAAGGCCCACACAGGGAAAAGGCUCACAGACUUCAAUACACUACAACAAACAUAUAACAUUCCGAAUACUUCGCACUUUUCAUACAGACAACUAGCAUCAUUCCUCCAUAACCACAACCCAGAUAGCACACAGCAGGACCCAGGCCCACAUAUACACACCCUUUGGGAAGACAUAUGCAUCAAACGUAGACUCCCAAAGAUAUACCGACCACUAUCAUCCUGUUACAAGCAAAUUCUACAAUACACUCCACUAGCGAAAGCCUCACCGGCAAUACAAUGGGGGAGGGAGCUGGGCACAGACCUAACCAACCAACAAUGGGAAGAGCUAAUGACCUCCCCUAGAAAACUGAUAAAAUCAGCCACACUCAUAGAGCAGCACAUGAAGAUGGUAUAUAGGUGGUACUUGGUCCCCGAAAAGCUACACAAACUCUACCCAUCCAGCUCACCAGAAUGCUGGAGAUGCACCAAACAUAUUGGUACCACGGCACACGUCUGGUGGCACUGCCCACUGAUACAGCCUUUCUGGAAAGCCGUCCAGAAGGUACUUAAGGAACUCUCACUCGACGAACCACAAUACGAACCAAGCACGUACCUCUUGCUUGUGCUCCCCCCCAAGACACCUCCCUAUAUAAAAAAACUCAUAUACCAUCUCCUACUCACUGCCCAACGCGCAAUCGCAAGGGCAUGGAAAACUCACGUUACUCCGCCUAUAGAAUUAGUGCUGGCAGAAAUAGACAACCAAAACAUUUAUGAGAAACGAUUCAAUACAGUAUGCCCCCCAAAUGAAAUGACACUAGCUACCUGGGAGAGGUGGGAGACGUGGCGACGGGAGCACCCAACAUAA